AUGGCUGCCAAAGGGCCGUCACAACUGGACAAUGCCGACCCACCGCUUGAUUUUGACUACCCACGAGGCGCGCUAGCGAAAUCCAAACAAGAAGGCGCUUGUAUUGACAUGAUCAACGUCAACGUCGUCUUGCAGAGGCGGGGCCAAGGUGGUAUGAAGGACGAUAAGAUUACGUGCCGUGAAAUACGGCUAUAUCACGUCGCGAUUAUUAAUUCACGUCCGAUAACUACAACCUGCAUCUUUUUAACUGCAGGGGGAGGGGUGUUAGGAUAUAUCGGGUGCCGAGUCGUCAUGAGACACUAUUGA